AUGGCCGCACCCAAGGUCUUGAUAAUGAUGAGCGACGCGGGCCACGAUCCCACGGAGACGGCCGUCCCCUAUGCUGCUUUUAAAGAAGCAGGUUUUACAGUCCGAUUCGCUACAGGAACUGGAAAGAUCCCAGAAUGUGAUAAGAUGAUGAUGGAAGGCGUUACAGGGAAACUUCUGGGAGCAACAGCUGCUGUGGUAAAUCAAUACAAGGCCAUGCUAGAGUCAGACGAGGCUCGACAUCCACUAUCAUGGGCUGCGCCUGGCUUCUCGCUCGACGAGUAUAACCUCGUUCUCUUACCUGGCGGACACGACAAGGCUGUGCGACAAAUCAUCGACUCCAAGGAAGUGCACAAUCUCAUGCUUGACUACUUCCCCAAGACAAAGAAGCCGAGCAACAAGGCCGUAGGUGCCAUCUGUCAUGGCGUCAUGGUGCUGUCAUCUGCUAAAGGCAGCGAUGGUAAGAGCGUGAUCCACGAGUGUACCACAACUACACUGCCUGGAUUGUUUGAGAGCUCUGUAUACUGGGCUACUAGGGCGUUUCUGGGUGAUUAUUACAAAACAUAUGGCGCUGGUAGCGAGAACACGGAAGAUUCUGUCCGCAGUAGCCUUGCUGAUGAUAGUAAGCAGUUUAAGGGAAGCAAUAGUUUUAAUCCCUUUGUUGUCAGUGAUAACGAGUAUAAUUAUAUCUCUGCAAGAUGGCCCGGCGAUGCAGACCUAUUCGCCAAAACUUUGGUAGAUCUUGUGCGGGAGUCGCAAUAG